GUUCAAGUCGGAGGACAAGUAAGGCGUCGCAGCCUCCGAACAUCAAAGAGUUAAUGCCACUAGCACACCAACUCAACAUCUCAUUUGUUUCAUGCCACUUGAGGAUUGGGAUCAUGUCUUUCGGGCAGGUUUUCUCGCCAGUGCCAUGAAGUCGUUCUUUGUAUGCAAUUUAGAGCACCUUUCCUCACAGCUCAGUGACAUACUACGCAGUUAUGGGGGCACGGGCUUCUUGCAAAGUCACCUCAAACUUAUCUUGAGUCUCGACCGAGUAUUGUUCGAGGUUGAUUCUUGUCGGCGAGUCGUAUCGAACGCUCAUGUCACUCGACGGCCAUGCAGCGAACUUAUUCUAUUUGUUAUUCUAGAAUUUGCAAGUGACACUACAAUUCCCCUCUAUAGACACAGGAUGACGGCCCUUUCGCACUGGAAUGUAUUCUUACCAUUGCAUUCUCGUCGGUCAACAGCGAGAUUGUCGAAGCCUGAUAUUAUUGAUGAUCCUGCGUGUGGGGGUAUACGACAUGCUAAGAAUAAGGAAAGUUUCGAGCAAUCGAAGUUAGAACACAAGGAUACAGGUAUGCGCCGAGUCUGUGCAUACCUCUCUGCGGAGGGCCAUUGGGCAUGUACACACUGCCGUCACUAUAAAUGUGAGAAUUUCUCACAAAAACAUCUUUUGAAUACUCACUAUGCCAUAAAAUUCAACACAAGCACCAAUAUUUUGCAGCCGAAGGGCAAUCUAGAGCUCGCCUCAAGGCUACACCUCCAUAUGUGUGCACGACUCAAACCCUAACGGCAGCCUGUGGGUCCGAGAUAUUAACCGAGUCAGCGCAAGUGCUUUACUGUGUCGAUGCACAUUGGCCAGUUAUGACGUAAAUUUCAGAUGAUUUGUGUAUCAUGAUCCGGGCUAGGGUGCACCACUGCUCACCUGGAAGACCCUUUCUUCCGACUCCCGGUGAAGGGUUUGCCCAUGCGUGUGUG